GUUUCUCCUCUGGCAGCUUGGGAUCGGACUGGCUGUGGACAAGGCCCUCAGCAGAGUCAGCGUCCUCGGGGGUCUGGACGAACGUGGUGUGGAAUCUGCGGCGAGGGAUCGUGGAGCGUGGGAAGCCUGCCGCUCCGAAGGUCCGGCCGCGCUGCGUGGCGGGCUCUGACCCGCUGUUGCAGAUACAAACGGUCGGCGCGAGAAACGCGCCCGGGCGCGGGCGUGCGGCUGCCCGGGUUUGUUGCUGGCGGCUGGGCUGGUUGCAUAGGAACCCCUCCACACCCCUCCCUUUCGGAGUCCGCUUCUCGGCUCCGCGGCUGCUGGGGGAGCCUCGAGGAGCUGGCGAGGCUGCCCCUUAGACUGGGCUGAGUUCUCCUCUGUCUGAUGCCGUGACCGAGGCCCCGAGUGUGAGCGAUGACCAGGUGAAAUAUUAGAUUAUUUCAAAAGCUGGAGCUGAAUGUAAUGUUAAAUAAUGGCAACAGGCGACUUGAAGAGAAGCUUACGGAACCUAGAACAAAUGCUUCGCUCAUUAAAUUAUCCUCAAGAAGUGGAUUGUGUAGGUUUGAUUAAGGGAGAUUUAGCAGCAUCUUUGCCCAUCAUCAGCUAUUCUCUUACCUCAUAUUCCCCUUAUGUAGCAGAACUUCUGAUGGAAUCCAAUGUAGAGCUCAUAGCAAAGAAUGAUUUGCGCUUUAUAGAUACCGUCUAUAAGCUUCUUCGUGAUCAAUUUAAUUAUAAACCAAUCUUGACGAAAAAGCAGUUUCUCCAAUGUGGAUUUGCAGAAUGGAAAAUCCAAAUUAUUUGUGAUAUUUUGAAUUGUGUGAUGAAAAAGCACAAGGAGUUGAGUGGUCUUGAUAAGACUUCCUCACUACAAAGAAAGAAAGUCAAUUUUGUUAAGUCAGAACCUUGUUCAAGCAGCGAGAAGUCAUCUGCAGAAUCUGUUGGCAUUGAUAUCACUGGCAGGUUCAUGACUUCAGGAAAGAAGAAAGCUGUGGUGAUCCGUCACCUCUACAAUGAAGAUGGUGUGAGCAUUUCUGACAGUACAUUAAGUACAACGACAGAUGUGAGUGAAGCAUGUGCUGUGAAUGACUUAAAGGAUACUGAAAUAAAGACUUCUGAAGAAAAGAUCCCUGAAAUCAAGUCUGAGCAACAAGAUAUAAAAGCUAAUCCUGAGCUUACUGUACUACAGACUCUGCUUGCUGAAUGCCAAGAAAAGCUUAAGAAACUGACUCAGAUAGAGUGCAGAUUAAAUUCUUUAGAAGAAAAAAUGAAAGGAAAAGUGAUGGUUGAUGAAAAAACCUGGACCAAUCUAAUAAGUCGUGUCACUCUUCUUGAAACAGAAUUGCUUUUGUCCAAAAAGAAUGAUAACUAUUUUUACUAUGAUGAAAUGAAUGAAGACUGUGCUUCUGGUAGUAGCAGGAAUAUUCUGAAACUUGAUAACAGAUGCAAAGAGAAGGAAGUAGGUAUUCCUCUGACUUCCUGUUAUAGAACAACAUCUAGAGACUCAACUCCCAGAACCUCAACUCUUAAUUACUGUGGUCUGAAAGAGAUUUCAGAGGAAACAACAAUCCAGAAAAUGGAAAGGAUGAAAAAAAUGUUUGAAGAAACUGCAGAGUUACUGAAAGGUUCAAAUCACUCACUAUAGAAUUUUUCUACAUGAACUUUUCCAGGACUUUGGCUACUGUAUAUGUUGUAUAUUUUAAGAAUUCCCUAUAAAUUUUAAUAUACUGCAGUAUUUUUGUUAAGAAUUUUAAUUCCAUUUGGUAUAUGAGCUUUUUCAUACAAUAUUGAAUAAAUACUUAAGUAUUUUUGUGGUAUGAUUAUAUGCUUUUACUUUGUUUUACUUUUCCUAGGAAAACUUAGGUGCCAGUACACUUAUUUUACAGAGUGAACUCAUUACAGCACUGUAUUUUUGUGUUGACAUUUGUUGGCAGUGUGCUAAGUAAUAUGUUUUUAAAACUACAGGUUUCAGGACCAUAGCUUACAUCCUGUUGGAAACACUCCAACUGGAACUUGCAUAUUGUACCCAAGAGGCUUUCAUACAUACCAUUUUGCCAUCUGUACUGAUGAAUAUGUUGUAAUGAAAAGUUAAAAAUGCUCAUUGAAAAUGAAAUAAAACAAAACUACAACAAUUUCAUGCUCAGUGAAAAAGCAGCAACACAUUUUCAGUUACCAUUGAGAAAGUAAGGGCAUGAUUCCUCUUUCAGAUUUAGAAGCAGGUCGGAAAGUUAACUGUGAAAAAUGUGUUGAGGAUUUUAGUGCUCUAUUCUGUAACACAUUUUAAGACCAGCAGCACAGACACAGAUGGUGGCCGUCCAGUAUUACAAGAUACACAGUGAGGUAUUUUUGUUUUUUUUAAGUGAUGGGAAGUAAUACAUUUUUCUGAAGAGAGAAAAAGUUUUAGAUAAAGUUAAGAGAAAAAAUAAAUUUUAGGUUACUAAAUAAAAUAUUAUUUUUUAACUUUAUAAAUAAAAAUGCAAUAAUCAUCCUGGGUAUACUUCAAGAAAAUUGAUUCCAUUAUUUGAGAGGAAAAAGAGAAUAUUAUUAUUACUUAGUUCAUCUGAUUGUAUAUUAUUUACCCAUCUGUUUAUAUUAUAUGUGUGUACUUUGAAAUUUGUCACAUAUUUAACAUUAACAUAAAGUUAAAAUUCUAAGUAGAAAUAACUUUUAAGAAAGCAUUUUUAAUAUUCUAAUAUAUGUUUAGUCAUUAGACUUAAAAUUAUGAGCUUUUGAAGUUAGCAUAAAACCUUGCUAUUAGAAGAGUUUCAGUAAAUAUUUCUAGGGCAAAUCCAAUUAGCUUUAUAUUUUAAAUUACAAAAUAAUUUUAAAAAUCAAGUUUAGCCUGGCCAGUGUUGCUCAGAGGUUGAGCAUCAACCUGUGAACUAGGAGGGCACGGUUCAAUUCUCAGUUAGGACACGUGCGGGUGUUGCAGGCUCCAUCCCUAGUGUGGGGUGUGCAGGAGGCAGUAGAUCAGUGAGUCUCUCUCAUCAUUGAUGUUUCUAUCUCUCUCUCCUCCUUUCCUCUCUGAAAGCAAUAAAAAUAUAUAUUUUUAAAAAUCAAGAGUUUAAAAUAACAAUUACCAAUUAACUUCUAAAACAUUAGUACCAGCAUGGAAUUAUAGCACCACCUUGUGGUUCAUAUGCCACAUAAAAUAUAUUUUAUUAAAACAAGUGAUUUCACAUAAAAUAAUUUUUUUUAUUGAUUGAUUUGAGAGAGAGAGAGAGAGAGAGAGAGAGAAAGGGGGAGAGAGAGAAGCGUUGAUUUGUUGUUCCACUUGGUUUUGCAUUCAUUGGUUGAUUCUGGUACGUGCCCUGACUAAAGAUUGAACUCAACCUUGGUGUGGGGAGGAUACUCUAACCAACUGAGCUACACUGCCAGGGUGAUGUCUCAUAAAACAUAUGAUCAUAUUUUUUUCUUUUUGAAAAUCCCAAUUCAAAACUCAGCUCAAUAUCUUUUAAAAAGAAACAUUUUGAAGUUUUCUUGUACAAAGACAGAAGAAAAAGUAAGCUUUUGUUUCUUCCUUCCCUCUUCUUUUUUUUCUUUUUUUACCAUUAAAAAUAUUUUUUCAAUUAUAGUUGACAUUCAAUAUUUUCUUUUUUCUUUAUAUAGUGUACAUUUACACACAGAUGAUUUGAAACUUUUUUCUGUAAUCCUCACCCUAGGAUAUGUUUUUAUUGGUUUUAGAGAGAGCGAGAGGAAGGGAAAGAGAGACAUCAAUGUGAAAGAAAGAGUGAUUGGUUGUCUCCCAUACCCACCACGGCCUGGGAUUAAACCUACAACCUAGGCAUGUGCCCUGGCGGAAUUGAACCUGCAACCUUUUGGUUUCCAGUAUGAUGCUCCAGCUAAGCCACCCGUCCAGGUCUUAAAACAUUUUUAAUCUCCCAAUUUAUGUAUAGUGUGCAAAUUAUAAGUAUCAAUUGAAAAUGUAGUAAAAGAUGCCUUAUAUUAUCAAGUGGAAAUUUGAAAUAUAAAUUUUGUUACACUUUUAUUAACAACUUAAAACAGGAACUAAUAAAAUCAGCUUAUAUUAGCACCAUACAUUUACACUUACAAAGAAUCUCACUUUCCUGCUUUGACACCAUAAUCUUCGGGGAAAAAGAAAGCAAAUUUGACUUAGUUGAAGUUAUUGAAGAGAGAGCCAAACUAUUUUUUAUUCCAACUUUUAGAAAUUAUAGAAAAAAUUGUUUCUUCCAGGCAAUUUGGGAAGUAGCUUGUAACUCUACAUCAGCCUCUUUGAUUAACUUGAAGAUCUCGAGGAAAUGAGGGAGGGGAAUUCUGGGUACAUUAUUUGGAGGUACAUACUUAAACCCUUAGUUAACUGGAAUUUUCACUAAUCCAUCCCCUUAAUUCUCUCAUAAGCAGGAUGAAAGGUAUUUAUACUAACCACAAAGGCAUCAGCGGCUUGUGCUGCCCUAUCCUAUAUUCUGAGUAGAUCUGGAUAGAAAUCAUACAGGAGCACUCUAGUGAAUGCAUACGGUAAGAUACUAGUCAGAACAUUAAAAAAAAAAGCUAACAUCAGCUGUACGAAAAUUCUAGGCAAAGCUAAGGACUAUUUUUAUUUUUAUAAGGGUUAAUUUGAGCUAAACUGAUGACAUAUGCUAGGGAGCAAGAUUUCAUAUGUUCCCGCUAAGGACUAGUUAGUGGGAAAAAGUAGUUCUAUAUUUUUUGUUUGUUUUACUCUAGUAUGUAAUGUUUUAACAUGUAAUAUAGUCCCUAAAAAAUACAAAAAUACUUUGGAACUGCGUUUUAUGCCAUUCAUUAUUCACAACUUUAUAUAAUUGACAAGCACUUGGGGAAGCAUUAAAAAGUAAAAGGACCUUGUCAACUUUACAAACUACAACACUUUUUGAGUUCAAAUAACAUUAUAGAUUUAAUUUUUACUUUUUAACAAUCCCCAGGUUUGUGCUCUUUCUUUCAAGGUGAAGGAUGUAGAGAAGUGAUGAGGUGGGGGUAGUGUGAAACUUUAAAGUUGAACUACAAAAUCAAAACUUUAAUUGUUGUGUUACUUGAGCUUUACUGUUCCUAGUGAAAAUGGCAAGUUUCUUAUACUACUCAAAGUGUAAAGAGAGCUGGGAAGCCAGUACUGACAGCAGUUGCAACAUUAAGAAUGUGCAACUUUACUAGUAAGUCCAAGUUCAUUUUAUGAUGACUUUUAUUUAUAUCUAAUAUUUGUAGGAAUGGAGAGGCUAUAUAGUGUAUACAUUUUAUUUUUAUCUCUGAAGUUCACUAACUCAUUAAUAGAGAAAUUUAACUUGAUUGAAAAAAAUUUAAUGCAGAGUGUUCAACUCAGCAUUUUAAAAUUAAGAGCAGAGUACUUUCCCUGGCUGGGUAGCUGGGUUGGAGUGUUGUCCUGAUGCCCUGAGGUUGCCAGUUCAAUGCCCGGUCCAGGCACAUACAAGGGUCAAGGGUCAGCUGAUAAAUGCAACAAAUCCAUAUUGCUUUCUUUCUCUCAAAUCAAUAAAGAUUAAAAUAAAAAGAAUAGACUGCUUAUUAUAUUAUUAAGUAUCCCAAAUAUUUAAAUUAUUUGAAAGUUACAUUAUGGAUGGGAGUUAAGAAAAAGGAGAGCUCGCAAUAUUAAUUACCCAACAAAGUUGAACAGUGGGAAUUAAAGCAAUGGGAAAACAAUAUUUUGGAAUAAAUCCUAACUUGUAGAUCCAAUUCUUCAGUUCACUUAAGUUGAUAUGCACUUGGAGUACAAUCAACUUAUUAAAUCAUUGGGUGUAGCUCUUCAAUGUGAUUGGUGUUGAAAACCUGAAAGAUACUUGCAGAAUACCUACCAGAAUUAUUCUAUAUCUGUUUCUUAAAUGCCUUUUGAUUGUCCCUAUGACUCCAACCAUGUUCCCUUAUCUAUUCCCACCACUUACUUUUCACUUUUACAAUUUACCAAUAAAAUUAACCCUGAGUAGA